AUGUCAGCGGCAAUCCGAGGACCAGCGGCUGCUCGCUUCUACAAGGCCUUUCAUGCUUGGUCCAACCUCGGCACCAGUACUGUCUUACACGCAAAGCGACGACGCUUCGUGACGACCGCCUCUGCCCAUGAGGCCAAUCACCUCCAACCGACACACAAGAGACAAGACAGCCAUGUCGCCCAAGCUGCUCGAACCACGGAGGAUAAGCAUGGUGUACAGACAGAAGGCUCGCGGAAGAUAAUGGACUUGUUUGUACCAGGAGCUCGAUGGGAACAAAUGCACCGGCAUCCCACCUUCCUGCACAGAAUGCAAGCCGCACUAGACGUGACCGUCCAGCCCAUUGGAGACCCCACACCCGAUGGACAUGUCAAAAUCCGCAUCGACGCUCCCGAGAGAAGAAUCGCCGCUUAUGCCAGAAGUCUCCUCAGCCGUCGCAUCGACGACCAUCGGCUUCUUGACAGCAUCGUCUUCGAACCUUCUAGACUGAAGCGCAAUGACGCUAUUCCCGUCAGUUACGAGACCGAAAUACCUCCCGGGAAAGCCAGCAUGCUUGAGAAAGACAACGACGAGUUGAGGCUGCGCAUUCAAGACGCUUUUUCGGUUCAGCUGGACUUUGUACCAGACGCAAGCCAAGGUCUGCGCCGCAUGCGCAUCAGUGGUCGCCGACUCAAAGUCAAAUACGCUACAAACGUCGUCGUCCUGACUAGUCGUAUCUCUUCAUCACGUUCAGAUAUCGACUCACUGCGUGGAAUGACUGUUUCGUCCUUGACCUCUGUCACUCUCGACCCAGAACCCAUCAUCUCUUUCAGCAUCAAAGGGCCAAGCCGUACCCUCGAAUGUAUUACCGCUGGUCAUCAUUUCAAUGUCCACUUCCUCUCUCCCUCUCCUGAAGGUGCCCAAAUUGCCAACUUCUUCUCCGCGCCCCACGAUGAUCCUUCCUAUCCUUUCCGUAUCAUGCGAGGGCUUGGCUUGGCUGAUGUCUGCAAAUCUGACCACGAAAAAUCUGGCCCCUUUAUAUGGGGUAAACACGUUCUCUCGCGCUUUACGUGCGAGAUUUUGUCUGAAAAGUCGGUCGAAAUCGGAGACCAUCGCGUCGUCUUCGCCCGAGUCACCAAUGUCUGGAGGGCUCAGAAAGUAAUCAAUCCUCCGCAAAAUCAAUCCGCGGUCCCCACCUUCCUUGCUUAUGCACAAGCUGCAUACCGUAUGCUUGCCCCCGAAUCAAUAGAACUUGAUCGCUCCAGAACUAUCGAGCGGGCCCGGUCCAACAAGGGAUUUCACCAGAACGAGCCUACAACGUUCAAGGCUUCUGUACCUUCCUCAUCAAAUGUUCCAGCACCACAGCCUCUGAUACCAGAAGCAGAGACACAGGCUUCUCAGGUCUCUGGUCAGCGCGCCGUGCCUGAUAUCGCCGAGCGCGAUGCUGACGAGAUUAUCAAGAAGGAAGCUGCUGACGAAUUUGUUGAUGCGUAUUGGCGGAUGGCUUUGGAUGAGGAUGGCCAAGAUAGUGUACUCGAGGAACGUGCCGCUGAUCAGCGUGCAUUGGGUGAAGCACAGAAACCAGCCGAUCGUGACGCCUCUCGACCAGCUGCUUCCGAAAAAGCAGGAUAG